CUGUGAUGCAAAGGGAAAAAACUUGUUUCCAAGAUGGCGUCGUAGAAGAAAGUUCAACUACAAAGUGAAUUAUGUUGGAUCAGAUGGUGUAUGUGGCUGCUGUAACGGUGUUAGGCGUUUUGGAACAAGCCUACUUCUCCCUCCAAGUGAUCGAUGCCAGGCGGAAAUAUUCUGUGUCUCCUCCGUCCAUUUCUGGGCCCCCGGAGUUUGAGAGAGUCUACAGAGCACAGGUGAACUGUACAGAAUAUUUCCCACUCUUCGUCUCCAUGCUCUGGGUGGCAAGCCUCUAUUUUAGCCAAGUUGUUGCACCUCUCUGUGGACUGCUCUACCUGUAUGGCAGAUACCAAUACUUCCAUGGCUACGCCCAGUCUUCUCAGGGGAGGCUGGCUCCAAUGUACUUCAGUGCUCGGGUUCUCUGGCUUCUGAUUGGUUUCUCCACAGUGGGGGUCCUCAGCGACCUGAGCAAAAUUUAUUUCGGAGUGGCUUUUCUUCAGGGACUGAAAGUCUUCCUCCGAUCGUAUUGGAUCCCAUUCUAGGAGGACUAGGAGCUUGUAAGCCGCUCUUCAGCAGUUGCUCGCCUGUUUUGCCUUGCACUUCGAAUUAAUGCACGGAUAUCAUGAUCCUGGAGUAUGCGCUUCCGCCCACUGUUACCCUUUGCUGAUGAUGUCUUUCCCUCGGAGUUCCAUGCCGACAUCACCUUAGACACCGUUGCUCGUGAAACAUCAGCAAGUUGAGCUGUCUUGGUCACUGAAGCUCCUGCCAAACGCACCCCAACAAUCACCCCUCUUUCAAAGUCACAGAGAUCUCCUCUUGCAGCCAUCCUAGCCAUAAUUAUAGGCAACCAGGCCUGUCCAGCAUUUUUGUACAUGCUGGGAUGUUAUUUGCUUAAAUAACGCAUGAGCCAUACCUGUGUGGAAGCCCUUGCUUUCAAUAUACUUGGUGUCCCUCAUUUACCCAGGUGUUUCCAUUUUUUGGUCCACUACCUGUAUAUUGCAAUAAGAACCAGUAAGUAUGACUGCAGACAUUAUAAAACCGAGCAGUAAGAAAAACUAAGAAAACUAAAUCUGAAGCUAUUUCCAAUCAUAAUCCACAAAACUCACUCAGAAGAGCAGUCUGCCUCCUACAGUGAAGGCGAUUCUGUGAUGUGCAUGAGGAUAGGAUCUGAAUUUACAUCAGUCUUGCAAAUGUUUUGCUCAGUUUACUUGUUAUUGUUUUUGUAAAUGUUUCAUAUUAUAUAUUUUCUAUACACAGUAUAUAUAGAGAGAGAAUGUGUGUGUAUAUACAUAAAAAUAAAAAUACAUAAAAUACAUAUAUAAAACUGGUGUACAAUA